CAUGUUAAAAAUUGUACUGUGUGGCACAAGUGUUGAAUGAAAUAUCACAAAAUAUAUGUCUAUGAGUAAAAAAUAUUUAGUUUUCUACAUAGACAUAAAAACGAUACUUAGAUAAACAGUGAAAUAACUCAGAUUGAGAUUAUUAAAAGAGCUAUUUCUUGUUCGGAAUUUCCAUUCCCUAUGUCCAGUGCGAUGACGUCUCGAGCGGUGGCUCUCAGAUACGUAGGAAAUCUUCUUGCGAUUGUGUUUUGUAUCUAUAGGACUAAAGGGGCAGGCACCACGUACGGGAACCUGUUUGUCGUCACGAACUUAAAGGUGAUUGGAAAUCACAGUGAUCCAUCAAGGCUGCCUGGUCAAGUGGAGUUCUUUUUGUACACUGCUGCUGCGGAUGGUGUCCAGGUGACCGUCACUUUCCGAAACGCGACAGUCCAGAGUUUGAUCAUCUUGCCAGGUGUCAAGAACAUGAACCAAGUCUCAGCCAAUCCCAAACUCUUUUCAUUCGAAAAGGACUUGGCUAGAAAAUCAGUGUAUGUUUUCAAAGGAAGCGGGCUUUUUGGCCUCUGUGUUUUAAUUAUGCAGUCCUACGCAGAAGACUCUUUCGAAACGUUCCUGGCCAUUCCUGUUGACGGCUGGGGGAAACUUUAUUAUCUAGUUUCUUUAGAAUCAAGAGUGUCAGCGCAGUUCGUAACAGGGGAACACAACUCCACUCUCACCGUACUGCUAAGGUUUGCGGAUAGGUCCAUGGUCUUCAAAUACCACGGCAUCAGUUACGGAACAGGUUCAAAUCUUAUUGUUGAUCUCCCUCCGUGGAGAGCCUUCUCCUUAUCGAACUGUGAUGAUAACAGACUCUCGUCCAGCUUUACAGGUACCUAUGUCAGAGGAACAUCCCCUUUUGGCGUCAUCUCCGGGAAUUGUCUGGACGGCACCAUCAAUGUCCUUUGCGAUGACCCGAUGCUCGAACGAGAGCAAAAAGGCAGACAGAGCGUGCUUGUAGAGAUGUUGCCUCCCCUGGAGCAGUACGGGAGGGAGUUCAUCCCCGUCUUGAUAACGGGUAGGACGUCACAUGACUAUUUCAUCACAGUAGCUGGUCAUGAUGACGUCAAUGUGACAUUCUUCAACAAGGAGGACGAACGCAAUGACUACUAUUUGAAAUACAGGGGAGACAGUCUCAGGAUUACUUUAAAAGGCGGACUAGGAAUGCUGAAAAGCAACAAAGGUGUCCUGGUCAUGUAUGUGAUGCGGUCAGCCUGCUUUGGAUCGAAAGCAGAAGUCGGAGGCCCGAGCUUCUGUUUGAUAGUUCCGAAUGAGCUUUUCUACCAUACCUAUACAUGGAGCACCAAAACCUCCUCACUGCCUUUGGUGGUCCUCAGCUACAUCUGCAUCGUCAUCAGAGUGUCCAACAUACCACAGCUCUACAUGGACGGCGAGUUCUUUAAAGCUGAUACCACGUGGAACCUCGUCAGCGGAGCGCCCGAAUGGAGGGCGGGUCACGCGAUGAUAGAGCAAGGCAACCACCUGAUGAAGCAUACUUCCGGAUCUCCAUUCGGCCUUUACCUGUACGGACUGGGGCACUACAGCUCCUACAUGCAUCCUGCUGGAUUCAUCACAUCCUCCAUUAACGCGGUGUGCCACACGAGCCCGACUGUGCCAGGAGAUUUGGUCGACAAUGAUUGCGACAAGAGAAUAGACGAGGAAAUCGAGGACAACAAAGAAUGUUUAUUUGCAGACGACGAUGACGACGGAUACAUCGAUGAAGAUCUGAGAGACACGCCCGUUGGUGGAGCGUCUGGAGAGACAACGGCAGAGAUACAGAUCCCAGGCGUCGUUAAUGGUGGCUGGAGUGUUUGGACAGAGUGGCACUGUCAAGACUGCUUGGACACAAGGGUCUUUAGAACCAGGGACUGUAACAACCCUUCUCCACUCGAAGGAGGCCGGAAUUGUUACGGGGGUCGAUUGGAAGCUAAAUUUGGACAAUGUUACACAGAGAUAACAUGUCCGGAAGACUGCCCAUUGUAUUACUGGUCCAGCAACUGCUCAAAGACUUGUUUCAACUGCAUGGGAGAUUGUCGCAAAAACAGUGGGGUCUGCGAAAGGUGUGUGUCAGGCUUUAAGUCCCCCCAAAACAGCUGUACUACAGCCUGUGAGGAGUAUGAAUUUGGUCCGAACUGCGAAGGGGACUGCAUGGCCAAAUGUGACGACGACUGCUUCAACAGGGUGACAGGCGAAUGUUCAGAUUCAUGGAUCUCCUUUAGAACCCUUGUCCCAGCGCUGAUUCCAAUCAUUAUAGUGGCCAAUGCAUGUAUUUUCUGGGGUUACCACAAGCAAAAGCAAACACUGCUACCGACAGGGGAGAGUAAGCCUAGCAGAUCUUGGACAUUAUACACCGCAAUAUCUUCAGAAAAAAUCAGGGAGAUGCUGGCCCCAUGGAAGAGUCUGGAGACCCCACGAGUGAAGCCCUUCGAAGACAUGCCCCCAGACACCAACCUUUUCUCGUCUCGGACAACCUUUUCAACGACGGAAAGUCAAGUCUGAGAGACCAGUUGUCUUCCUUGAGGGACCAGGAAUCUUCUUUAAGGGACCCGGAAUCUCCAUAUGGAAGCACGAAUCUCGACUAAGGGACCAGAAAUAUUCUUUGUGUAACCACGAAUCUGUAUUGAGGAACUAGAUUUUUUUUGACUGACAAUGAAUUUGUUUUGAAAAAAAAAAAGGAAAUCUCCUAACAAAGCUGCCAAUCUUCUUUGUCUAGCAUGAAAAUCCUUUGAAAAAGAAAUGAUUCUGCUGACUGUAACCUCCUAUGAAAAAAGAAUCCUCUUUACUUAUCGCAAAUAUUGCAAGCCAUGGUGUGUUUUUUUUCAACCACUGAACAACUGUAAUAUAUAAAUGGUAACCUCAGCUGAAUUUAUGCGAUGAAAGAUCAGUUUGCCAUUGAUUGAUUUCAAAACUUCAAUCUGCUUUAGCUAUUUAAUAUGAGACCGCAAUAUCAUGCUGAUGCAGUAAGAUCAUUUACAAUGAGUUUUGAGAAUGUUUUAACAAAUAAAUAAAAAAAAAAACAUGUAUUGCUUAUUA